CUACAGAGCUAAAAUUUGAGAUAUGGAGGCUAUUUUGGCGACAGUAUUGUUGGGUGUCUUGCUAGCUGUGUUCAUUGUGAUAUUUCGACUGCGGAGUAAAUCUGUUCAGCCGAAAAGAAAGGUUGCCUCAAAUGCUCAGAACAAGGCAGUCAAAUCAUAUAGCAAAGCUGAAGUUGCACGGCAUAACAAGAGAACUGAUUGCUGGAUUAUUAUCAAAGAUAAGGUGUUUGAUGUUACCUCGUAUGUCGAAGAACACCCAGGGGGUAAUGCCAUCCUAGAUCAUGCUGGUGAUGAUUCAACUGAAGGUUUCUAUGGGCCGCAACAUGCUACGCGAGUAUUUGAGAUGAUUGAUGACUUCUGCAUCGGUGAUCUAGAAAUAUAAAUGAUUACUUCCAUCAAUUGAUU